UUCGGUUCGCUGUCAGACUCGCGAUGGUGCCAUGGAUGCCUUGCCAGAAUGGUUUAUCCAAAAUCUCAGUGCCGAAGAACUGGUUGAGGCAAGGCGAGAAAAGCUGCAGCAUCUGGAAUUGUGGCAGAAACUCAAUGCUGGACAGCUCUACCAGGUCGCCCGAAAAGAUGUCGAUGAACUCUUCGCGAUCUUUGAUGUGGAAGGAUCAGGAGAGAUCUCCAUCGAAGAGUUGAUGGAAAUCAACAAGGUUGAAGGCCUAGUCCUGACCAGCUCAGAUGUAGAAGCUCUCGGAAGAGAUGCGGACAAGGACGGUUCGGGUCUGAUCAGCGCGAAGGAGCUCUACAAAGCGAUGAUUCAGGGCGAGGUGGCCUACAAUCUGGUGAAGAAGUCGAUUAACCAAGAGAGCUUUGCCCAGCAGCUGGCCCCUGGCGAAUGCUUGAUUGAUGAUUUGAUCGAAUGGAUGCGGCUCCUUGACGUCUUCGCAACCGCCGCGGCCGGUCCUUCUUCGAAUCUUCGAACACGUCGUGGCCCCACCGGAGCGAGCGAUCGACCGUGGCGACCGUGCGGGGUGUCAACCGCGACGGCUUGGGGCCAACUGCCCUUUGGGUCGGCUCGACACCCAUCGAACGAGUACGAGACCAACUCAGAUUUGUGGUCACUGCCACAGACGAUUUGUUUGUUCGCUGUCUUCCAGUGGUGUGCCACGUCGCACAUUCCUGUGCGAACAAAUUGGAGAAUGGCCAAGAACUUUGAUGUCGCCGAGUUUGGCUCCUACAAAUUUAGUUUCAUCUAUGAUUAUACCUCUCUGUGGGAUUUCUUCGAGCAUACCUUCCUGGAACAACAUGCGAACCAAGACUUGAAGCUCACCACCCCUGCGCGAUACUUCAUGCGCAACCAAAUGCUGGGAGCCUCACGCUUCAGGCGUUUGUAUACACUACCCCAAGACUGCCCGUUGCCGGACUACUUGAAGAAGGUCUACUAUCCAUUUCCACUUCCAUUUUUGAACAAAUGCCACAAGCGCGGGGAGCAACUCGUGGACGAUCGAUUUCUCCUCUACCACGAACGACUUGAUACAUUGAAGAGAAGGCUGAGAAGUUGGGGCGAUGAAUACUGGUUGGACGACAAUACCACAUCCAUUUCCGUGGACACCAUUUACAUGAAUCCGGCCUUGGGCACGUGGACCUUCGAGCAGUUGACCUGGUUCUUUGAGAACAACGGCUAUCUCCACCACGUACAAACCACUGAGACCUUCUUGAUCGAACCCUAUAAAGAUUGGAGUGCAGUCAUCCCAGAUGUGCUUUUCAUUCUCAUUCUCAUGCGCAUUCUCUAUUUCGAGAUGAAAGAGUUCGUUCCCGCCAUGGCGACCGGUUUGGACGGCAUCAUGAACUACUUGCAAUUGUGGAACAUCGUUGAUUGGUUGACUAUCAGCUGGGGAAUUGUUUGUGCACUGCUUUGGUUGAUUGCCCUUCUGCAGCUGGAUGGCUUGCAGCCGGCCAUCGAGGAAUUGCCUUUGCCCGUGUUCGAUGCCAUUAUUGAGACGGUGAACAUCAUCAAUAAGACCUAUCUCGCUCCUCAGCAGUUGAACGCGGUGAUGACGCACGAAGAUUACUAUGGCCGCCUUGCCCGGGUCUUUGAUGCCUUUCAGGCUGUCUCCAUUUGGAAUGAGUCUGUCCGCCUCGUCGCUGUGUUGUAUUUAUUCAUUUUGAUGCUGAAGUUCUUCAAGUCUUUCAAAGCCAACAAGCGUCUCAACGUGGUCAUCAACACCUUGACGCAUUCUGUCAAAGACGUCUCACACUUUGCCAUCGUCUUCGCCACCAUCUUCCUGUGCUACGCGUGGGCUGCGCAUGUGUUCUUUGGUUGGAGCAUCGAAGCAGCCAGCUCCAUGUUUGGGGCAGCCUACUGGCGAUGGUCAGGCGCUGUGGACUCGAGGGAUAUGGAGGAUCUCACCGAUGUGGGCCGUGUUCUGGGUUAUGCUUAUACCUUGUCCUACGAGUUCUUGGUGUUGAACUUGCUCUUCGGGAUUCUUUUUGGCUUGGUGUUCGAAGCCUACGGGAGAACACGAGCUGAAGCCGGAAAGACGGACACCCUGCUGGCGCAGAUUCGGAAGUCCAUCACAGAGAUGCGUCGAAAGAAGGACUUUGUGAACGACUACUACAUGAUUUGUGCUUUGGAAGACGAAGAUGCCCCGGCGCACCCGGGAGAAAUUGUGACGAUUCGAAGUUUGCUGGAAGCCUUCAGAAAUAACAAGAUGACCAAGGAGAAUGCAGAAUACAUCAUCAACCAUGUGCGCGACUUUAAGAUGAGCAAGUCGCACGAGGUUGAAGUUGGUUUGAUGGAUGCUUUAAAGCUGGUGGGGCGGAUGCGAACUAUCAGUUUGAAAAGCACCUUGCGCACCGAGUCACUCUUGAAACAGUUGAAAGACGAAAGUCAAAGGCCGCAAGAAAUGCGAUACCGUUGUAUCAUGGCGGGCUUUGACCCCGACAACACCGAAGAAAUGCAAGAGUUCAUCCGUGCCAGCACCUUGCAAGCCUUGGAAGAGGACCAUCCCCUGCCCAAUGCGGUGGUGAACCAGGCUGCUGCUGGGCCACAGCAGAGCAAGCUCUCCAUCAAUAGCCGCACAUUCAGCAGAGAACAUUCUUCAAAGGAGGGGACGAAAGACGUGAUCGACGACACCGCAGAGGAACGCACUGUGAAGGAGAAGCGGAUAUUGAGUAAGGCAGACGGUCUGGAAGCAGCAGUUCAGAGUAUGCAUGAACAGCACCUCCAAAGUGUUCAAGCCAUCGCCGAAGAACUGCAAGAAUAUCAGCUGCAAUCGUCCGAAUUUGAAGAAGAACUCUCGACACUGGAGAGAGCCGUGCGAGGUUACAGCAGGAAGGGUCAAGAAGGUGCGAGUCAACUGGAGGAACGCUUUCGAGACGCCAACCUCCAUGUCGUGCAGGACCUGCCAGACCGACUCUUUAAGCUCUCCCAGAUGGCCAAGGCAUCGCGCCAGGUGGUGGAGAGACCUUUGACUGCAGAUAGCACUGCAGAUGAAGGGCAACAUGGAACGUCAAAUGGCGAUUCUUUGACAUUGAGGGCACAGACAUGUCCAAACGUCAUGUGGUUUGGGUUCUUCUUGGAAUCCUUGUGCUGAUUUUCUACUGCUGUGCAGGUGGGAAGGCAGGCUUUAGUUCCGACCCCUUGAAGCGCCUGGAGAGCCGUAUCGCCGCUCUCUUCCAGCACUCGCAGACCUUCUUGGACCAAGCAGAGGCCCAGCAUGACCUGUACCUUUUGCUUGACCGCUUGAUUUCAACGGUGGCACUGAUGGGCAAAGGAUAGGCAAGGAGAAAGUUAAGAUGGCUCAAUUAGGCAUGGAAUGGAUGCCAUGGUGAACAACGAGAUACUCAGUAUACCCUCGAGCCCUUGAAGCUGUUCGCUGUUCAGCUAAUUGAAUUCAUAAGUCUUCGAACCGG